AACGCGGAAAGUCAUUGUCGGAAGCGCGCGACACCAUGGUGUUCAUAAACGGCUUCAGCUUCACUGAAGCAACUCUCGUGAAACGCUCGCUGGAGUCCUUCUUCGGCAUCGGUCCCUCCGUGUCGCAGCGCAUCAUGGCCAAAUUCUACAUUCACCCGUGGGCCAAGGUCGGCAGUUUGAAAAAUUCCACUCUGCUGGAUCUGUCAGCGGAAUUGACCAAUAUGAAGAUCGAGAACGAUCUGCGGCGGCAAGUUCAGGAUGACAUACGGAGGUUGAGGGACAUGGGCACAUACCGGGGAAGACGACAUGCUAUGGGUCUGCCAGUGAGGGGUCAGAAGACUAGGACACAGAUCACAACUGCACGACGACUGAACAAGGUCGAACGAGGUGGUACUGGGCGAGUGGCUAUGUGAGGUUGAGGCGAGCACACGCCUGUAUCAUAAUGUACAGCAUGCAUUGGACGGCGUCUACAAUACAGGUUUAGGAAACUCAUGGCACAUCAAAUAAACAUGACCGUUGAGACUACAGGUGACUGCAUCUUAGCUCGUAUGAUAUUUCUUUUCCUU